AUGGCUUCUGUGGAUUGUUGGACGUUGGGGCUUUCCACCAACACUUGUUCUUUGCUCUCCCCUCUUCCUAAAUCGUUGCCAACUUCAGUUGCCUUCUCACUCUCUUCUCGCUUCCGCCGCCAAUUGAGCCUUCGGGGGCCAUUUCUUGCUCCUUUGCGAGGGGGCUGUUGUUUCUUCUGCAGCUGCAGCAAAGCGGAAAACGAAGACUUGUUGUUAGCAAGGGAAGCUGGUGAAGAACUUGAUGUGGAAGAAGACUGGUUGCCCGAGGACGAGGAGGAAGCGGAGAGUUUUGAUGUUCAAGAGUUUGAGCGAGAGGCCAAACAAGCAGUCAAGGAGUUCUCUGAUUCAUUGUCUCGAGAAUUGAGCAUUGAAGAUGAAAUAUCCAAUCAAAGACGAACUCGGGGAAAGCAGAAGAGGCAGAUGAGUACCACCAGCAAUAUUCCUGAUCAUCUUCUUCCGAGGGUUGCUAUAGUUGGGAGGCCAAAUGUUGGUAAAUCAGCACUUUUUAAUCGUCUUGUUGGGGGAAACAAAGCCAUUGUGGUUGAUGAACCAGGUGUUACUAGGGAUCGGCUAUAUGGUAGAUCAUAUUGGGGAGAUCAUGAAUUUAUGAUAAUUGAUACUGGGGGUGUACUCACAGUUUCAAAGUCCCAGGAUGAUGUUAUGGAAGAACUAGCCAUAUCAACAACCAUUGGCAUGGAAGGGAUUCCACUUGCUUCCAGGGAGGCUGCUGUUGCAAGAAUGCCUUCCAUGGUUGAGCGGCAAGCUAUUGUUGCUGUGGAAGAGGCAUCUGUCAUCAUUUUUCUUGUCGAUGGUCAGGCAGGUCUAAUUGCGGCAGACAUUGAAAUAGGGGAUUGGCUACGCAAGAACUAUUCACACAAAUGCAUUAUUCUUGCUGUCAACAAAUGUGAAUCACCUCGUAAAGGGAUUAUGCAAGCAUCCGAAUUCUGGGCUUUAGGGUUCACACCGCUCCCUAUAUCCGCUAUAUCUGGAAGUGGAACUGGGGAGCUUCUUAACUUGGUCUGCUCUCAAUUGAAGAAAAUCGAGGAAACAGCAAAUUUUGAAAUUGAAGAAUAUGUUCCGACUCUGGCCAUAGUAGGCCGACCAAAUGUGGGCAAAAGCAGUAUUUUGAAUGCCCUGGUUGGGGAGGAUAGGACAGUUGUCAGCCCAAUCAGUGGAACCACUCGUGACGCCAUUGAUAUGGAGUUCACAGGUUCGGAUGGUCAGAAAUUCCGCCUCAUAGAUACAGCUGGUAUCAGAAAAAAGGCUGCUAUAGCUUCGUCAGGUAGCACCACAGAAGCUCUGUCUGUGAAUCGAGCAUUUCGUGCCAUUCGCCGUUCUGAUGUUGUUGCCCUUGUCAUUGAAGCUCUGGCAUGUAUAACAGAGCAAGAUUUCAAGAUUGCUGAAAGAAUAGAAAAGGAAGGCAAGGGGUGCCUAAUUGUCGUCAACAAAUGGGACACCAUACCCAACAAGAAUCAGCAAACAGCUACAUACUACGAGGAAGAUGUUCGAAACAAGCUCCGAAUUCUUAACUGGGCACCCAUUGUGUACUCAACUGCAAUACAAGGGCAAAGCGUUGAAAAGAUUGUUGUGGCUGCGUCUAUGGUUGCAAAGGAGCGAUCUAGGAGGUUAUCAACAGCGAUAUUGAAUCAAGUGAUACGAGAGGCUGUUGCAUUCAAGUCACCUCCGCGGACUAGAGGCGGCAAAAGGGGCCGUGUUUACUACUGUACUCAGGCAGCUAUUAGGCCACCCACAUUCGUCUUCUUUGUGAAUGAUUCAAAACUCUUCCCUGAAACAUACCGGCGAUACAUGGAGAAGCAAUUGAGAACAAAUGCCGGCUUUGUUGGCACACCUAUUCGACUUCUAUGGCGCAGCAGAAGAAAAUCUGAAAAAGAUGAUGGCAGGGAUUCUUCCGCCAGGACAUUAGUCGACCGGAAGUUGGCAGCAACAGCUUAAAUGCACAAAACAUAGAAUCCAUACAGAGGCGCAACUUCGUCAGGGAUCGGCUUUGUUGUGUGGAUUGUAAUAAGGACCUAUACAAUAUUUCGAAAACUUUGGCAACGUUAACCUCGUACGUACAUAAAAGGAUUGAAUCACUCAUCAACAAAGGUA